UUGAUCUGUGUUUGUCAACAUAUUAUUGAUUUUUCUGUUUUACUGUAUAUAAUGAAAUGGUGCGAGUUUAAAUAAUUAAUCAAACCUGCAAAUUAUCGGUCACCCAAGUAAAAGUUUCGUGUGUGAACUUAAAGAACUUUGAACAAAAACUUUUUGCGUAUGUUUGAAUUUUAAUAUUGAUCACAUUUUUGCAUAUUUCCGUGCAUUAUUUACGUAAAUUAACUUUUGUAAUGUAUUUCCCAAUUGGCAGCUAGAUGAACUGUGUUAAAAUAUAGUUUAAUCACCGCAGUAGCUUACGACAGUGUAAAAAAUCGAUAAAACCUGCAGUGUCUUGGUUGCUAAGCUGUAUGUCACAUUAUGCAGUAAAAACAGAUGUUUUAUAUGUAAUUAUGGAGAGAGGAAGAAUUUAAGCUGUUAAACAUGAUGGAAAAUAUUUUAUCUCAACGGGUAACGCCGCUGUUAAAAUGUAUAGUGUUGUUUUUGUUUAUUUUCACUGCGAAAGUGCUAACUUCGCGGCCGCAAGAGUCAUUGGACUCUAGGAAUGGGAUACAUCAUGCAAAACCCUUCCACUAUGUGAGGACAUUCACCAAAUAUCACCACAGAAGAACUAUACAGUGGAACAAUCUCCCAGAUUUCUACUGGACAACUCAAGACCAUCCCAAAGUCAGCAAAAGAUCAGCAGAUCCUAAAGAAUACAACCCUUACUGGCUGGAAAGACAUUUGAACAGAAAAAAAUCUAGGUUCUUAGGUCCAGUGCAAGAAGGUAACAGAAAAAAAAGAAGUGUAGAAAACUCUUUUGUCAGUGAAGAGAGCGAGUCAAGUUACUACUGGCCAGAUCCUCAGAUUAAAAAAAGAAGUGCUAUAAUUCCAAAUUCGAAUGAUUUUAUUGGGGCUGGGAAUUCUAAUAACGUUGCAGAUUCUAAAGACGUAGGAUCUACGGAGAGUAAAGCAAUUGGCACGAGUAAAUCUGAUGGUAACGUCAAAAAUGGUCUUCCAGAGGCCAAAGUUAAGAAUAAAAAGGUCGCCACAACUGGCAUCCCGCCUAUUUCUUGUUUGUACAAACUUCAUCGAAUAGCUGUGAGUGCUACGCCUUCAUAUGAAGAUGAGGAGCAGGCACAAAUGGUGGUUGAAAACUAUAGCUAUGAUAUUGGUCCUAUAUCAGAGACAACGUUGCCUAACGGAGACACAGCUCAAGUCGAACAGUGUACGGACACAAAAGCAACUUGUUACGCGCUGUGGCAUCGUCACACGGAUGGAAACAUCACUAUAUUGGGACAAGGUUGCUGGCACUCGUCACAGCGGGACGGCCGGAACACAUGUGACAAGUGCACGCCCAUCGAUCAGAUGCCGGGCACCAAGUUCUGUUGCUGCACUAGAGAGUUCUGCAACGCUGACUUCUUGUCCCUCAAAGAAGAAUCAGUGACGAUCAAAGCGGAGUCCACGAUGGACGCUCCGCCACUCUCCGCUCGGUACUCCGCUUUAGCGGCACCAGUGUUACUGGUGCUUGCCGCUAUACUGGUGAAGGCGCUGGUGCUGCGAAGGCUUUAUUGCAAUCGCACGCUGCCUCAAGACGACCAGCCGGAUACCGAGAAAGGUGAAGUGAUGGGCAGUGGUCCGGACGCCUUGGCAACCGGUUUGCUGUGUGUUGACAACCUCACACUCAUCGAACAUAUUGGCCAAGGCAAGUUCGGAUCUGUGUGGCGCGGAACCCUAGGUUCGACUCCCGUAGCGGUCAAACUGUACUCGAACGCGGGCGCGUGGCAGAAAGAGGCGGCGAUAUACGCGCUGCCGCACCUGUCUCACUCUAACUUGCUGUUGUAUUACGGCAGCGACACCCGAGCGACACUAACCGAAGGUGGCGGCCGAGAACAUCUACUGGUCCUAGAGCUAUGCUGGGGCACGUUGCGAUCACGACUCGAGCGCGCGCCGAUAUCGUGGGCGGAGUUCGCGGCUAUAGCGCACGGCGUCGCCGCAGCGCUGGCACAUUUGCACACGCCCAAGCUAUGCUGGGGCACGUUACGAUCACGACUCGAGCGCGCGCCGAUAUCGUGGGCGGAGUUCGCGGCUAUAGCGCACGGCGUCGCCGCAGCGCUGGCACAUUUGCACACGCCCAAGCUAUGCUGGGGCACGUUACGAUCACGACUCGAGCGCGCGCCGAUAUCGUGGGCGGAGUUCGCGGCUAUAGCGCACGGCGUCGCCGCAGCGCUGGCACAUUUGCACACGCCCAAGCUAUGCUGGGGCACGUUACGAUCACGACUCGAGCGCGCGCCGAUAUCGUGGGCGGAGUUCGCGGCUAUAGCGCACGGCGUCGCCGCAGCGCUGGCACAUUUGCACACGCCCAAGCUAUGCUGGGGCACGUUACGAUCACGACUCGAGCGCGCGCCGAUAUCGUGGGCGGAGUUCGCGGCUAUAGCGCACGGCGUCGCCGCAGCGCUGGCACAUUUGCACACGCCCAAGCUAUGCUGGGGCACGUUACGAUCACGACUCGAGCGCGCGCCGAUAUCGUGGGCGGAGUUCGCGGCUAUAGCGCACGGCGUCGCCGCAGCGCUGGCACAUUUGCACACGCCCAAGCUAUGCUGGGGCACGUUACGAGCACGACUCGAGCGCGCUCCGAUAUCGUGGGCGGAGUUCGCGGCUAUAGCGCACGGCGUCGCCGCCGCGCUGGCACAUUUGCACACGCCCAAGCUAUGCUGGGGCACGUUGCGAGCACGUCUCGAGCGCGCGCCGAUAUCGUGGGCGGAGUUCGCGGCUAUAGCGCACGGCGUCGCCGCAGCGCUGGCACACUUACACACGCCUAAGCUAUGCUGGGGCACGUUGCGAGCACGACUCGAGCGCGCGCCGAUAUCGUGGGCGGAGUUCGCGGCUAUAGCGCACGGCGUCGCCGCAGCGCUGGCACAUUUGCAUACGCCCAGGGCCUGGGAGCAUCUACUGGUCCUAGAGCUAUGCUGGGGCACGCUACGAGCACGACUCGAGCGCGCUCCGAUAUCGUGGGCGGAGUUCGCGGCUAUAGCGCACGGCGUCGCCGCAGCGCUGGCACAUUUGCAUACGCCCAAGCUAUGCUGGGGCACGUUGCGAGCACGACUCGAGCGCGCGCCGAUAUCGUGGGCGGAGUUCGCGGCUAUAGCGCACGGCGUCGCCGCAGCGCUGGCACAUUUGCAUACGCCCAAGCUGUGCUGGGGCACGUUGCGAGCACGACUCGAGCGCGCGCCGAUAUCGUGGGCGGAGUUCGCGGCUAUAGCGCACGGCGUCGCCGCAGCGCUGGCACAUUUGCAUACGCCCAAGCUCUGCUGGAGUACGUUACGAUCACGACUCGAGCGCGCACCGAUAUCGUGGGCGGAGUUCGCGGCUAUAGCGCACGGCGUCGCCGCAGCGCUGGCACAUUUGCAUACGCCCACGGCCAGCAAGCCGUGCGUGGUGCAUCGCGACGUGAACAGCAACAACGUUCUGAUUUCCAGCGACGGGCAGCCGCGUUUGGCUGACUUGGGGUUAGCUCAGAUAUUGCACCCGAGGAGAGAGACGCCUAGCAGGAUCACUGAGGCUGGAACGCUCCGCUACUUAGCGCCCGAAGCAUUAGAAGGAGCGUUGGACCUAAGCGGCGCCCGAGCAGCGCUAUGCGCUGUAGAUGUCUUUGCACUGGGCCUGGCUGGAACGCUCCGCUACUUAGCGCCCGAAGCCCUAGAAGGGGCGUUGGACCUAAGCGGCGCCCGAGCAGCGCUAUGCGCUGUAGAUGUCUUUGCAUUGGGCCUGGUGCUGUGGGAGGCUCUGUGGCGCUGCCGCGGCGCGCACCCCGGCCUGCCGCCGCCCUACGCGCCGCCCUACCGGCACCACGGCCUGCCGCCGCGACCUACUCUACAACAUAUGCAGUACCCCGACUUCCCUUCGUCCCCUAGUAAGUACCCCGACCUGUCCGAAGCCCUAGAAGGAGCGCUAGACCUAAGCGUCUCCCGCGCAGCGCUAUGCGCAGCACUAUGCGCUGUAGACGUGUUCGCGCUGGGCCUGGUGCUGUGGGAGGCUCUGUGGCGCUGCCGCGGCGCGCACCCCGGCCUGCCGCCGCCCUACGCGCCGCCCUACCGGCACCACGGCCUGCCGCCGCGACCCACGCUGCAGCAUAUGCAGGUAAUAUCAAUAGCCCGCCCUAGAAGGACCACUAGACCUAAGCGGCUCCCGCGCAGCGCUAUGCGCAGUACUGUGCGCGGUAGACGUGUUCGCGCUGGGCUGGUGCUGUGGGCGGCUCUGUGGCGCUGCCGCGGCGCGCACCCCGGCCUGCCGCCGCCCUACGCGCCGCCCUACCGGCACCACGGCCUGCCGCCGCGGCCCACGCUGCAGCACAUGCAGACGCUAGUAUCCCGUAACAAGGCGCGCCCGCCUCUACCAAAAGGCCCGGUACCCGAAGCAAGAGCUCUGAAGAUCGCCAACGAUACGUGCGACGAAUGCUGGGACCACGACGCCGAGGCCAGAUUAACAGCGGUAUGCGUGGAGGAGCGAAUGGCUGAACUGAAACAGAUGCUACAAGCUCCGGGGCCCGUCAUACACGACAACAAUCUACACCCGCACCCACCAGACACGGCCGCGCCACCAGAACCAGACAAGAAUUCCAACUGCACAACCUCCCAGACUUGUGACGUCACCACCCCCCUCCUCUACCCCCCUCCCCACGUAGGAAGAAACGCGUGUCUCGCGCGCAACACGCACACUAACACCAACUCACUCACACUCAUACACAAGAGCCUUAAAGACAUACCCAACACAGAACCCAAACCGCCGCCGCAAGAAGAACAAGUGCUAUCCGUGGCUAGACCCACUCAAAAUUCCACUAGAAUGCUUCUAGAAAACUCUGACAGACUCAACGAAAUCCGAUCCUACCAAAGACCGCUGGAAUACGUCCCCAAUGACGUCAGUUCUCAUGAAGAAAAGGCGCCCAAACAAACAAACUUACUCCAAGAAGUGAAGGUGGAAAAGCCAAAAUGGGGCAUCAGAAGAUUCUUCGAUAGGCUGAACAAAAAAAUGGAUACAGAAGUCAAAUUGGUCCCCGAAAGUUCCAAUACGAAAACUACCAUAAUUGAAAAGCAAAACAACUAUGAUCGACCUACAAACCUCGUUCUAAAUCAAGACAGAAUCUACAGCUUAGAAGGACCCUGUACGCUGUCACCUCCUAACAGAACAUUAUCUCCCAAUAUGAUGAUAGAAUCGGAUCUGAAUCGAGAAAACAACGUGUUUGGAUUCAAAGAAUUACCAAGCGAAAACGACCCCAAAAACCAGAAUCAGAUAUUCGCGGUUAUAGUCCCCAAAGCGAAACCAUUAGAUGUCGAAAUGCGAAAGAGAGGCAGCACGGAAAGUAUUAAUAAAUUUAGGACUUCGAUGUCUUCUCAGAGCAUUUUCAAGUCCGGUCAUUCUGAAUCCGAAGAUUCCACCGUCAAAAAAAGGUUGAGCUGCGAUAAUAGGAUCAUUACUUCCAGCGGCAGGUCAUCCAGGGCCAGUAUAAACUUGGAACUUCAAUACAUAAACGCCCAGACAGAAAACUACAGCAACGACAGUCCAUUCGAUUUAAAUUCGGACUGCUCAAGCAGCGAGGACGAACACCUAAUGCUGCUCUCCGAAAACGGCGUCUCAAAAAUAACAAUGCAAGCGAUACCGAAAAGCGACAUCGAAAAGAAGAAGUUCCAAAACGAUGUACUAAAAGAAGCGAGUCAAGUUACCGACUUUGGUUUUAAUAAAUUCCACAAUAAGUACACUAAUUUCGACAACGAAUUCAGCGAUCCGAAUGACAAAGAGAACAGUGUUAAUGGCUAUAGUGGCGACAAUCCCGUAUACUUGGCUGCUUUGAAUGGGGAAAUAGAUACUUCUGAAUUGAAGUUCAUUGAGGGGGAAAGAGAGCCUAAAUCGCCGAAGCCAUCUUUGAAAAACUUGACCAUUAAGAGGCAGCAUUCUUUGGAGCAGGUUUCGGAGAUAUUUUCGUCGUCUGGGGAUUUGAAUCUGCAGAAUCCCGCGGGUAGGGUAAAAACUCCGGGAGAUUUACCAGUGGCGGUGAGGCGUGCAAGGAGAGAUAGGGCAUUACAGAAAGGUAGGGCUAGCGAGUGUAAUAGAUUGAGCUUGUAUGACGAUAGAAUGAUGUUUGGCAAUAGUCUUUAAAGUGACGUGUGUUGGUUGCUUAGUCAGUGACUGAUGUAUGUGAGGGAAGGUAGACAUUUACAUAAUAAUAUGAAGUGACAGCAUACAAAAGACAAUGCCGGAAAUUGGCGUCUUUUUUUUUUCGCGCGGCCAUCGACCAAACCAUGUUUUUUGGUUACAAAAUAGUGUAAUAAACCAAACUUACUAUGACAUGUAUACCUCUAAACUCAGUCUUAACUGAAUUACGAGCAUUAGAAGUUUGAUGUUUUACAUACUAAGAAUUGCUUUUUGCGCGCAAGUUUUAUAAGAAAUUGCAACAAAAUAGUGAAGUCUUUUUUAUUGCGCUGAUUCUGCUCCAUACUGAUGACUGGAGCCUAUGAUUGAUGUUAUUGUUUGUUUACACAUACAAUGUCACUAUUUUGUUGCAAUUUCUUACAAAGCUUGUACGCAGAAAGCAAAUCUAGUAUGUAAAAUCAUCAAACUUCUAAUGCUCGUAACUCAGUUCAGACUGAGUUGAGAGGUAUACAUGUCAUAGUAAGUUUGGUUUAUUACACUAUUUUGUAAUCAAAAAAUAAGGUUUGGUCGAUGGCCGCGCGAAAAAAAAAGACGCCACCUUCCAUACAAAAUCUGGCAUUGCCAUUUGAAGUCUCGCUGACGUUAGACGUCUCAAAAACACCCUCCCGUGCCGCUUCCAUACCUCAGGCACUGACUGAAUUAAGCUACUAUUACAGUUUUUAGAGAUUUCACAUACUUUCUAAAACGGGAAAAAAUCGUGAAAAUCUCUCAAAAACUACACGUCUUUAGAAGGGGUAUAGGAAAGAAUUAAUUUGGUAUUAAUUUUAUUGUAAUAACUAAAAUGAUAUUGGAAGUACCUUUAUUUUUAAUGGGACUACAUUUGUUUACGCAACUUUUUAUUACAUCACAUAAAUAGCUCUUAUUUCUUAAUGGAUAAGAGCGUCUAUCUACAAAUUAGUUUACCAAAUCAUAUGGCAUAAAUAUUGUCAAGAUUAAUAAUUGAUUUGAACCUUAAUACAAGGAAAUAAGGUCAAGAAUAUAGUGGGAACUAUAUUCCCACUGCCUUAUUAAAGGUUUAAUAGGGUUGUGCAAAUAAAUGUGUCCCAAAAUAUCGAUAAAAUUCGAAAUAAUUCCGUUGAUAUUCCUUUAUCGAUCGAGUGGCAUCUUUGCAUUUAUGCGUAGUCUAGCUUUACGGUAUUAUAAGAUUAAUCGAUAAUCGAUAUAAUUAACUCACGGUUUCUCGAACUGCGAUCGAGUUGAUUGAAAAGGCAGCUCAAUAACUUGUAGUCCAACGGUGAAGGUGUCGGACUGGCCGAAUCAAGAUCCAAGGAACGGUGGUUCGAACCCCGCCGCUGGACAAUUGUGUUGAACCCACUCGUAAGCAUAUUUAGCUUAGUCCCGUUAACCUACUCGUACGUAAAGUAUUCUUUUUUAUGAAACCUUAUUCUGACUCACAGGAGUUUAUUUCACUUUGUUCACCUGGGUGAAAAAAGUGGAAUUUUUAGUGUCCUCUCACUUGGGAAUCAUUUCACCCAGGUGAAUUGAUUCGACUAAAGCAGUC